AUGGCGUCCUCCAAAAACCUUUUCCGCACCGGAGUUUCUCUGAUGAACCGUUUCCUCAACCAUACAGCCAAUCCCAACCCGAAUACGAUAUUAUCUCACAAUCCCGAACCGAUCUCCCCUCGGAAAUUUGUUCCCUCUCUGUUUAUCCCUCAGUCUCACAAGACGACGCCGUUGCGAUUCCAACCGGAUCAAGACGCCGUCGAGCCGAUCAUAAAUCUCUCAUCCGAGGGCUUUCUCUACCCUUCCGGCCUCCCCUCUCUUCCGUUCUUCCUGCCCGAAGUUGAAGAGUCUUCAUCAAGCACACCUAUGCAUUUAUUUCCCAAAAGGACCUACCAACCAAGCAACAUCCGGCGCAAACGAACACAUGGAUUCUUUGCUAGAAAAGCGACAAAGGGAGGCCGAAGGGUGAUUGCUCGGAGAAUUGCGAAGGGUCGUUCUAGAAUCACAGCUUAA